AUGGAUUUGAGAAAUAGAAAUACAAGGAAGGUAUUACUCUAAAUGUUGGAGAAACAGUUGAAAUCAAUAAUGACUGAAAAUACUACAAAAGUGAAAUUUUAGGAAUAGUUGACAAGAUUUCAGAUUGAUGAAGAUUAAAGAAGAGCUAGAUAAAAAUAACAUAGUCCAUCACCAUAAUUAAUGAGAACACAUAGUUAAUCAGAUCACAUUUAAUUUUAUGAGAGAUAAUAAUCCUAAUUAAAAUUAAAAAAUGAGCGAUUGUAACAAUCGAAGGAGAAGUAGAUUCAAAAGAAGUUAUAAGAAGAGAUUCAAGAAGCAACAUUUCAUCCAAAAAUCCUUAAGCCUAAAAGUUAGAAUACUUAGAAGAACGACUUGUAUUAAUAAGGAAUGAAAUGGAUGUAAUAAAAAGUAUUAAUUAUUAAUAGAUUAAGGCUGAUCACAUUGAUAAAUUGAAGGAGUCAUCUAUGAUUCAAAUAAGCCAAGAGAAUUUGUUUAAGCCAAUGGUCAAUAAAGUAUCAUAAAAAAUAAUCAAAACAACUAAUCAAACAGAUUUCUUCUAGAGGAUGAAUAAGAAUGAGGAUAAGAAGAAGGAGAGAAUCAAGAGACUCAAGACUGAUGCAACGCCCUCUUUCAAACCAAAGAUUAAUGGUAUUAAAUUAAUUUGAUCCUUUAGAUCGUUCUAAGAGAGUAUAGAGUACUUUGAAUAAGGAUAUUUUAUAAGUUUCUGUUAAUUUAGAAUUAAUGGAGAAGAUUCGAAAUUAUAAUCAAAGAGAUCUAAAUCAAUCUUGUCAUGAAUACUCCAGAUAGAGAAAUUGCUCAUCAGCAUUAUCAUAAUCGAUUGAUAUGGAUAAAUAGACAAGUGACUAUCCAAGUUUUAGGAAUUCAACCACUAUUAAGAAAUAACCAAAAUUAUAAAUUGAUUUCAAUAGUCCCACAUAGAAUAUGACUGAAAUGUUAUAUGAAGCCUUGGGUGACUAAACUCACAACUACUUUUGAAUUUAC